AUGGCGGCCCAAGACAACUCCAUCGGGAACGAAUGGGUGGAAGAGGGCGAUACUUCAACAGUGCAAUACGAUCCAUCCUCAACCGCACACCAGCGGCAUCGCCAGCAACAGAGCCGCCACGGCGGCAAUGGCAAGAAGAAACGAAUUCGAAACUGGACAGCCAACGACCGAGCUGCACAUCGUGCUUUUGAACGGUCUCGGCGCGAGGCAUUCAAAGAACGGCUGGCGAACCUCGCUAAGUUGAUACCCAGCCUCAAAGACAUAGAUUCCAACAAGCUGUCCAAGCACGUCGUUCUUGACGAGAGCAUCACGCUACACGGGUCUCAGCAGAAUAAGCUGUCGGUGUCACUACAGCAAGUUGAUAUCCUCCUUUCCGAGCGCGAUGAGAUCCUCACCGAGCUGAAUCAGUGGCGGAUCGGAGCCGGCCUCAGUCUCCAACAACCACGGCCGCUGCCUGAUAUGCCCGAUGACCCUCAGCCAGCACUGCAACAAACUGCUGCCACUGCCGCCACAUGCGAAGGAGGCCCAUCACUGCCUCUCGGUGGCGGACUAGUGGAUGACCGGGAGGAGAGUCCACCGAGUCUUGACGGGAAGUAUCACUCGGGAGGAGAGCCGCCCUCUUUUACAGUGGUGGAUGGUCUGGAGACCAUGCCCACUACAGCUUCUGCUGCUGCGCCCAAACCGACGGCAGCGGCGGACCCUACAUGGGAUACCCUCGCCCUGUCGACUGUCGGCCCCGAUGGACGUGGGGUAUCCGAGCUAGAUCUACGAGAUUGCAUAGCACCAGCAAAUCCCUUUGUGGACAAUAGUCUCGAGGAUUUCAGUUUGAGAAGCUACGAGCUGAAUGACAUGCCGUUUGAUGCUGAGGCAAUGCAGAUGCAGAUGUCUAGCCAGCUAGGCAUCCCCGAUGGUAUGAAUGGUGGUCGACGACAGCAGCAGCAAGGGACUCGAAUUUCAUGGCGUUCAAACUAUAUCUGA